ACAUAAGGGGACGGGACAGGACGUGUUGUAACUCAGCUAGCAGAUGUUUUGAUGAUGUGAAAGGAGUUGUUGAUGAGUUAGUCAACACACCAGUAGAUGCUUUCUCUCGCAUGUCGGCAUGCAGAAAAGUAAGCGCAGAGUUGAAAAGAGACAAAGUUUGUGUUCAGCGUUCACUAUCUCGCUGUGGCGGCCCGGACAGGAUCAUCUUACAGAGAAGGUUCGAUAACCGUGUAGACAGACUGUAUAACCAGUUUUAUAAACACUGUAGCAUACGUCCAACAAAUACAUCAUCAACCACCACCCAAAUAACGCCAACUACAACACUAGGAGGUUCCAGGAUUUCUGGUAUAACACGAAAAGAGGAGACCACCCCUGAUCCUCAUAUUCCAUCAGCGGUACAGCCCACAUCAUCAUGGACCAACGCAUUUCCGGAAGUUACUCCACAUGAUCAUAGAGGACACAGUCAUGGAGGACAUACCGUAGGUGGCGCUGAGCAUACCCCUUCUACUUCCGGUGCAAUAAUCGCCGGGGCGUUAACAGGCGGUAUAGUUCUGGGAUUGGUUCUUUCCGUGGCAGUGAUAUUAUGGUGCAAUAACAGACGAGACAAGAAUGGUUCGACUGGCUCGUCGGAUAGUGCUGGCAUUUUCUUUCAGAAGCGACCAAACAUGAUCCCUACGGAGAGACCACGUGCAGAAAACAACAACAAACCGUCUGUAACCAGACAAGAAUCCACAAUAUAUGCCGAAAUAGAUGAAGCCAUGGUUAAUCCUGGAUACAAACCUCCCGUUCCUGACACUCAUAUGGGUUACCUCAAUCCUGUAAGCGACGGAGAUCCAGAUUCAUACACACCACCGCCAACUUCCGGUCGGGCAGCCAAUGCUCCAGCGGUCACCACUCGCGGUCAGCUCAGUUAUGGACCAAUACUGGCAGCUAAUGGUGGACCUGGACAAAACAAACACCUGUUUUACGAAGAAGCAGAAGAAAUAGUUUAUUUCGAAUUUGAAGGGAUACACGCUUCGACUUCAAUGACUGACACAAAUGUUCAUAAUCGCGAAACUAUUUUGUCACCCAGAAACUUACCCCCAGUAACCGGAAACGGAAGUGGAUCCCCAGACGACAAUUAUUUGACUGCUGAGUCCAUUGAAUCUUCUCAUGACGGCAGUUUGAACGAUUACGAGGAACCAGUAAGUUCAUACAACUCUAUACGGUAUACUGACCUAACAGAUGGUUCCCCGCCCGAACACAAUGCACCGGAUGUUCCACCGGAAACAAAUGUCAAAAGUGCUCCAAAAACUACUCCUAAGAAAAAUUGGAAUACAAGUUCUUCCUUCGAAUCCAUUUAAACCAUUCGGCUCUUCUCAAGAUUUACAAUCAUCUGACUCUACUCAACCUAUUGCCAAACCUAGACGUAAGAAACCCGGAGUAGAUAACGUAUCGCAGAAAACAAGUCCACGUGCAGUGUCGGCUGCAUCUGAGAAACAGGGUGAAAUGGAACUUUUGAAGAGAUCGGAUGCAAUGGCUUCCAACAGAGAUUCAGCAAUGUCUCAAGCACUAAAUCAAUCAUCAUUAUUUCGUCCUGGAGCCUGAUCACGACCACAUGGACUAUGAACAUUCGGUCAGCUCCCCAAAACUAGUGUAGGUAAACUCAAGGAAUACUACUUUUUAUAAAAAAUGAAAGAAUGUCUGUUUUCCUGUUUUCGAAUGUGACUUUUAUCUUUUUGUAAAAGAACCCUUUUAAUCAAACUGCUGGAUUCGGUUUUGAGGAAUAUUUUCUCUAUAUAAAAUAUAUAUUUUAUAGUUAUAUCAUAUUGUACAGCUACAUGUUUUAGAUUGUUCAAGACAAUCCGCUGGCGAAUGGUCAAUUGUGAAACUUACUAAUGGAAAUAAUCGUACUUUAUGACAACGUUCUUCUUUCUAUUAAAAUUUAAACAUAUAUUUUAUUAUGUGGUAUAAAAUUUUUGUUUAUAUGACACUUAAGAAUUGUUAUUUCAAAUGUACAUGUACAUGUUUUAAGUAAAUGAUGAAAAUACUACUUUGAUGUCUUUAAUCUCUGGAAAUGACGAAAAGAAAAUAAAAU